AUGAGUUCCAACAAUACAAUCCCAAAUGCCCCUGAUGGCUGGUUUCAAUAUUCGACAUCUCAUUCCUUAUCGACUUUACCUCAAAGGUCAAACAUAAUAGCUCAACAUAGCAAAUAUAUCGUCCGAGAUAUGUAUGUUGAUGCGCCAACUGCUAUCCUUGCAUCUACCUCUCAACUCACUCAGAUAUUUGCUGAUGUGAUAGCCUUUUCUACGCCAGAAAUCACCAUCUCGAUUCCCAAAAAUGGGGUAAUUUACAUCAUCUCCCGAGUUGUAACGGCAAGCGGACCCUUCACUAUCACCCUCAAUCCCGCCAGCACCAACGAAUCAGCCUUUACAAUCUAUGGAUCCACAUUCGACCAACCAAUAUCCUACAAAUUAAAUUCAAGCUCCACGACCCCCGCAAUCCCACUCGAUCUAUCCCCAGCCUCUGGAAAUCUCGGUGCACAGAUUGACAUAAAGAAUGGGGAAGCAACUCUGACCUACCUAACCAAAUACGACGAUUUGUCUAUAACUGAUAUCGAGUUUACCAAAUGUUUAGUUACUCAACUUCGAAUCGCGUCUAUUUUUUUUUGGACUCAAUCCAGUCUUUCAUUAGAUUUGACAUCCCACGUAGCCCGGGCGACAGCCACCUCGGCGACAGGUGUGCUUCUUAAUUUGCAAGCUCAUGCGUUGGGUCAGCAGAUCUCGUCGUCGGUUCUCACAGGACCGAAUAUCAACUAUGUGCCCGUUUUGACAUUGAGCACGUAUAAGCUAGUUCUGGAUGAUGUUAUCGCGACGGCUUCCGCGUUUGAAACACAAUAUAAUCGAUUUGCGGAUCGAGCAGCUGCUAUUGCAGACCAAAAAAUCGCAUGGAAAGCGAUGCUAGAUCAAGAUGAGGGUAAUAUUACUUUGCAACAAACUCUUGUUACCAAUUCGCUAGCAAGAUGGAAUAACGCAACAGAUAUCUUGAAUAAUGCCGAAGUCACAAUGAGAUCUCAUCAAUUAGACAUUCGGGAUAAAGAGUCGGACUUCAAUCUGGGGAUCCAAGAAUGGAAGAGAGAGCAAAUUAUUGAUACAAUUGUUGAUGUAUUUCAAGCCAUAUUUGGAUUCGCAAUCGCAAUCGGUGAGAUAGCGAUCGGCGAUCCUGAAGCAGCAGCCGCUGCACCAGGUGCUGCCGAAUCGGCCAUAAAGGUUGUUAGCGAAGCUGGAAGCCUUGCAAACUUAUUCCUCAAGCCCGAGACUAUUGAAGGUAUCAAGGGCGGCACUGAAGCCACUUUGAAGCUAUACGAAAGAACUAGUGCCGCGGUCAACGAUGUGGCGGCUGUCGAUUUGAACUCCGCGGGAGGUGACGUCUCAGGCGAAGAUCAGAGUAAUGCUGAUUUAGCUGCUAUUGUUGGCAUCGCUGCUUGGGAUGAAUGGAUGAUACAAAGUGAUGAGCAGAUGGCGUAUGCGGUUGAGCAGAAGAUUGAGGGGGCGGGGGCGUAUCAGGCGGAGUUAAGACGACAUGCCAUCGACGGAAAGCUUCUAGUUCAGGCAAGAGCACAGAGUGUUAAGAUUGGUCAGGAGUAUGUUCAGCUCUGGCUUCAAUUGCAAGCAACAAAAAGCAAUGCAGCACGCCUGCAACAGCUCUAUGAUACCUACGACGGAGAACAAGAUGCAGCUCUCGAAGCACAAGGUUAUUUUUAUGAUCGAGUAUCUAUGCUUCGUACUAAUAUUAUGAUUUAUAUGAGGGAUGCUAUAUGGGCGUAUAAAUACUACACGUUGAGUGAUAGCACAGUUGUUCUUAAUCCAUUAAAAACUAUUAUUGAAUAUCAGGAGGACUCGGAGAUGAUUGUACAGGAAGUCACUGCGUGCAAGGAGAACUACUCGAGUGAUUUUACACGCGAGUCUGUCUAA